AUCUCGGCUACACGGGCACGAGAGCUGUAAUAAUGCGUUAUUUAUGCGUUUUUUGCUCGUGCUGUCUAACUGGUGGACAACAGGUCCUUCCGUCAUAAACACGCCUCUGAAAAUCUUCACUUUGGAAAGACAAAGACUGGAGAUCGGUAACAUGGGGUCUUUAUUCUGGUUACUCGUUGCAUGUCUAGUGCUAUUGGCAGUGGAUGCAAAAGAAAUACGAAGGAAAAAGCUUUAUAGACAACAUGAAUCAAGGAGGACGAUCGCUGAAACAUUAGAAAGAGUGCACAUCUCGCCGGAGGACUGCAAGGACUACAAGAGCAACUGUGAAGAGUUUGCAGACGAGGGAAGCUGCUUGAAGAGAUUUGACUACGGAUUCAAGUUCUGCCCAUGGAGUUGCAGGUUCUGCGCCAAGCCUGAAAAUCGAUCACAUGCUGACUCCACUAAAGCGAAAGAAUCAGAUCGGUCACAUGCAGAAUCUAAAGCGAUCGACUCAGAAAGCGCAAAGGAGGAUGACCCUGUAAAGCUAUUAUCUCGUCUACUGAAGCUACAAGGAUUGGAGAUGGUUUCUAACAUCCUUGAAAGGAUGGGAAAAUGGAAGAUGAAAGAUAGCACUAAAAAUGAAUACAACACGGAGAGGUGCGCUGAUCUAGCAGGCAAGCGGUGCGGACCGUGGGCUCAGCGUAGUGAAUGCUUAAGGCUACCGGAGUUCAUGCAGCAGAACUGCAAACAAUCGUGUGACCUGUGUGGACCUGAAAAUGCUUACACGGAUGAUGAUGUGAGAUGCCCGUACUGGGGCAAGGAGGGGUACUGUAGGACGGACGCAGAGAUUAACUCCCGUUGCCCGUACAGCUGUCGAAAAUACAGAAGCGUAUCGCCGGCCCCUCAACCUUACCCCUAUCCGAUAGGGACCCUGUACCCCUAUCAACCCACUCCGGUACCGGGCGUGACAGUAUCCCAGCCAAAGAUUGUGCUACAGCCGUAUCCAGCACCAUAUCCAUACCCAUACCCUGUGCCAUCACCGGCCCCAUCACCAUCACCUUCGCCAUCACCGGCCCCAUCACCAUCACCUUCGCCAUCACCGGCCCUAUCACCAUCACCGGCGCCGUCACCAUCGCCAUCGCCAUCGCCAUCGCCAUCGCCAUCACCAUCACCAUCACCAUCACCAUCACCAUCACCAUCACCAUCACCAUCACCAUCGCCGUCCCCAGAGCCAUCGCCAUCUCCGGCGCCAUCACCGGCGCCAGAACCAUCACCAGCUCCAUCACCGGCGUCAGAACCAUCCCCAGAAACAACAACACCAGCACCAAAAGACCCGACCCAAGCACCAGUAGUAGUAGAAACUCAACAGCCAUCGACACAGCUCCCGGCGCCGACACAGCCACCGACAGAACCCAUCGACUCCAGUGGAAACCCUGGAGAGUCAGGGAAUGGAGUUUGGCCUGGGCAAACAGGGCAGCCCUCGGCGGCACCUGUGACACAGCCACAGGGAAGUGGGGAGGAAGAGGAGGUGGAGGAGGGGGUGACAACAGAUGCACCGGUAGGGUCACCGGUACCGGAAGCCACACCAGGACCGGCAGCGACAAACGCACCGGAAGCCACACAAGCUCCGGAAGUCGUCACACAAGCACCCGAGGCAACAAGUGCACCGGAAGUGACCACAGCACCAACUGGGCAAGCCACGCCAGCUUCAAAUCCAACCGGAACUCCCCCUGUAGUCUUUGAUCACAGAAAGUCACACCGGUCACGUGACGCGAAGAAAGACGCCCACCAUCACAAUAACAACAAUCACCAUAACAAUAACAAUAACAAUCACCAUAACAAUAACAAUCACCAUAACAACCCACACAAUAAUGCCCCCAGCACUCCACCAACCGCACCUUCUUCUCCUGCGCCUGUAUUCUCUAAGAAACUUCCGGUCAGUGGACUCGAUAAGGCAAGAAAUGCUGCGAAGGCCAAGCGGAACAAGCAUGGACAUCGUCACAUAAUCAGUGAAUAGCUAAUGGGAAACAGAGAAAGAUUAAUACUAAACACGCUGCUUGCUAGGCAAAGUUAUUUAAUGCUAUACACACACGCGAUUAACCUAAAAUAUUGAACUAUUUUUAAGUAAAUAACUGUGUAUUAUAAAGCAAAAAGACAAAGCCAUUGAAACUGUUUAGGUUGUGUUCAAGGAAACGUUAACGAGAUCUCUCACGAUUCCCGAACUGUAAAUCUCCAUGUGUCAGGCGUGAAAUUCAAAUACAAGUAAAGUGAAACACCUUAAAA